CCCCUCUCUCUUUGAGACUUUUGGAGUCCCGUCAAGAUGCACGGAAGGCUGAAGGUGAAGACGACGGAAGAGCAAGCUGAAGCCAAACGCCUGGAACGGGAGAAGAAGCUGCACCAGUAUGUGACAGCCACCAAGGCCAUCUUUGAGAAGGUAAACUUACGUGAGGCUGGGACUCCCUCAUCUGCUCCUGGGACGAAAAGGAAGGUCUUGUGUGGAUGGGGACAUCUUGCUAUGUGGGCCUUCGAAACCCUGGCCCUUCUCGCUCGUUUGAAGAACCCUUGUUGCCAUUCUGUGGCCUUCUCUGUGGCGCCCUCUGCAGUUCACUGCUGGGACUACCGGCGUUUCGUGGUGCAGCGGUCCAAGGUGUUGCCCCAGGACGAGUUAGCCUUCAGCGACAGCCUGAUCACCCGGAAUUUCUCCAAUUAUUCUUCCUGGCAUUAUCGCAGCCUCCUCCUCCCGCAGCUGUACCCCGAUCCCCAGCACCAAGGCCGGAUCACGGAGGAAAUCCUUCUGAAAGAGCUGGAACUGGUGCAAAACGCUUUCUUCACGGACCCCAACGAUCAGAGCGCCUGGUUCUACCACCGCUGGCUUCUGGGCAGAGGUGAUCUGGAACCAACCAUUCGCUGCGUCUACGUCAACAGGGAAAACACCUCCCUGGCCGUGGCCUUCUCUCAUCCUGUGGCGGUGGCUCCAGCAUCUCAUGACCUGAUCGUCUUCGGAGACGAGUCCCCGCUGGUGGUCCGCUGGCGCACGCCGGACAGAAAAAAUAAACCCGGACUUAUGUGCGAAUUGUCCGUGGAGAAGUCAACCGUGCUGCAAUCUGAGCUGGAAUCCUGCAAGGAACUGCAGGCCUUGGAGCCGGAGAACAAGUGGUGUCUCCUGACCAUCAUCCUCCUCAUGAGGGCUUUGGACCCCUUGGUGUAUGAGCAGGACACCCUCCGCUACUUCGCUGCCUUGAAGGCCGCAGACCCCAUGCGCUCCUCAUACCUCAAUGACCUACGGAGCAAGUUUCUCAUUGAGAACAGUGUCCUCAAGAUGGAGUACGCCGAUUCGCGCGUGGUGGACCUCUCCCAAAAGAGCCUGACCAGUCUCUGCCACCUGGAACACCUGUUGUUGGUCACACACCUGAAUCUCUCCGACAAUCUUCUCUCUGCCUUGCCCCCCACGCUGGCCAUGAUGCGCUGCCUCGAGGUGAUGGAGGCCGACGACAACCAGAUCGAGAGCCUGGAAGGGCUGCCCCCUCUGCCUUGUCUGGAGGAACUCUCUCUCCGCAACAACCGCAUCCAGCGAGCCUCGGCCCUCCGGAGUCUGGCCGCCUUCCCCGCCUUGGCUCAGCUCAACCUGCAGGGAAACCCCCUGUGCGAGACCCCCGGGGUCCGGUCGGAGCUGGCCAGGCUGCUCCCCAAGGUGACCACCAUCCUCCUCGCCUGAUUUCCCCCGUGGGGGGGGCAGACAGCAGCGCCCGAGACCCUUAAUUUAUUGAAAAUUAAAA